UGUCCCGUCCUCUACCUUCACCUCGCUCCGGCCCUCUCUCCCUCCCUCCCUCCCUCUACGGCGCCAUCCCCCAAUUCAAUUGGGCUCGGUCCAUCUAUUCUAACUGCCCGUAGUGCCUCCUCUCUGCCACGGUCUGGCCUAUUCGUUCCUUUUCUACCUCACCUGUGGUCCCAACUAGUCCGGGCGGCGUCUUCUCGUUCGCAGCCGCUUCUCUUUUUUUUUUUUCCAACUCCCGGGGCCACGGUUUUCUUAUCCCGCCACCGCAGCAACAUGUUCGGCGCCUUGCUGAGGAGGCAAGGCCUUCUCCUCCGACCGUCGGCCCUCCGAUCCGGCUUCGUCCCGCUAGCCAGAUAUUAUGCCUCGUUCCCGCCUCACACCAUUGUCAAGAUGCCUGCCCUGUCCCCUACCAUGACGGCAGGCAACAUUGGCGCCUGGCAGAAGAAGGCAGGAGACUCCAUCGCCCCCGGCGAGGUCCUGGUCGAGAUCGAGACGGACAAGGCUCAGAUGGACUUCGAGUUCCAGGAAGAGGGUGUCAUCGCUAAGAUUCUAAAAGAUGCCGGCGAGAAAGACGUCCCUGUCGGCAACCCGAUCGCUGUCCUCGUCGAAGAAGGCACCGACGUCUCGGCCUUCCAGUCCUUCAGCUUAGCAGAUGCCGGAGGGGACGCUGCGGCGCCCGCCUCCAAGGGAGAGAAGAAGGCAGAUGCGCCGUCGGAAGCCGCAUCCGCCCCGGCCCCCACACCCGCUCCCGAACCCGAACAGUACUCUCAAGGAGGCAGGCUCGAGACCGCCCUCGACAGGGAACCCAACAUCAGCCCGGCCGCCAAGCGGUUGGCGAGGGAGAAGGGUGUUGUCAUCUCCGCGCUCAAGGGUACCGGUCCCGGAGGUAAGAUCACCGAAGACGACGUCAACAAGGCCGUCUCGGCCCCGGGGUCCGCGGCCUCGCCCGCUGCCUCUUACGAAGAUACGCCCCUGUCCAAUAUGCGCAAGACUAUCGCUAGGCGCCUGCAGGAAUCCGUCAAGGAGAACCCCCACUUCUUCGUCACCAGCCAACUCUCCGUUACCAAGCUUCUCAAGCUCCGGCAAGCUCUGAACAGCUCUGCCGAGGGUAAGUAUAAGCUGUCCGUCAACGACUUCCUUAUCAAGGCCAUCGCUGUCGCGUCCAAGAAGGUCCCCGCCGCCAACUCAGCCUGGAUCGGCGACUCGAUCCGCCAGUACAACACGGUCGACGUCUCCGUCGCCGUUGCCACCCCCAACGGCCUCAUCACUCCCAUCGUCACCGGUGUCGAGGCCCGCGGGUUGGAAUCCAUCUCUUCCCGGGUCAAGGAGCUCGCCAAGAGGGCGCGCGAGAACAAGUUGAAGCCCGAGGAGUUCCAAGGCGGCACCAUCUCCAUCUCCAACAUGGGUAUGAACCCGGCCGUCGACAGCUUCACCGCCGUCAUCAACCCCCCGCAAGCCGCCAUCCUGGCCGUCGGCACUACCAAGAAGGUCGCCGUCCCCGGUGGUGAAGACGGUGCCGGAGUCGAGUGGGACGACCAGAUCACCGUUACGGCGAGCUUCGACCACAAGGUCGUCGACGGGGCGGUGGGUGCAGAGUGGAUCAAGGAGUUCAAGAAGGUCGUGGAGAACCCUCUGGAGCUCCUGCUAUGAAGAAAGAGUUCGUGAGAGUGCAGGGGCGGGCGUCGGGGCAUGAUAGGUCUAUAGACCUUGACAGGGUGGAUGAAUCGCAUGUGUAGCACUAUGCCGAACGAAAUGUAAUAAUAACUUCCUGCAGGGCAACGGAAGCCUCCGUAAAGGAUGAUGAUUGAAGUUACGGCCUGUGCGGCGAUUUUAUUAGGGGCUCGGGGCGGGUGGGUAGGGGCAGGGUAUACAUGGCUACUAUUAGAUCUUGAACGAGACUUGUUGCUAGGCAUAUCGCCAUCGCCUUGCGCACGAGUUACUUAGACAGUCCCGUACGAGCGAAUCCCAAUGAUCUCUCUCUUCUGAACUCCCGGCCAUCUAAACAAGACCCAGAUCCUGCCUUCAAAUCCCGACUCUUUGCAUUACCUACCUACUACCUCCAGCACGGCCUCCCUCCCCGUCUUCAUUCGACACCGACUCUUCCUCGCCGGACCCUUCUC